AUGAGAAGCAUAAAGUGUGUGGUAGUGGGAGACGGUGCAGUCGGAAAGACCUGCCUUCUGAUCUCCUACACCACGAACCAGUUUCCCCAAGACUACGUGCCAACCGUUUUCGAUAACUAUUCCGCUAAUCUCAUGGUCGACGAUGAGAGAGUCACGCUCAAUUUGUGGGACACUGCAGGCCAGGAAGAGUAUGACCGUUUGAGACCUCUUUCAUAUCAACAGACCGAGAUUUUCAUCAUCUGUUUUUCCCUCGUGGAACCGACAUCCUUUGCCAACGUGAAAAACAAAUGGAUUCCAGAAAUUAAGCAUCAUUCUCCGAGGAAUGUUUUGAUUCUGCUUGUGGGCACCAAACUGGAUUUGAGGGAUGAUCCACAUGUUCUUGACCAAUUGGAAGAAUACGGACAGAGCCCGAUCAGCUUUGAACAAGGUCAAAAACUAGCAAAGGAAGUUGGGUGUAUAAAUUACAUGGAAUGCUCAGCUGCCUCGCAACAAGGUGUAAGCGAUAUUUUCGAGUACGCAAUCAAAGCAGUCUUACAUCCUCCAACAGAGGAAAGGAAGGUGAACCAAGCAGCAAAUCUGAAACAGCAUACGCCGCUGCCUGCACAACCCGUUCAAAAGAAAGUCAAAAAGAGCAAAAAGUGCACUAUUCUUUGA